GUUAUCUCCAACGGCUCUUCACAAAACCUAACGCGUUACAUGGCGCUUCAUCGUGCGUUUGUGGUUUUCCUGUCGUUUUUUUGCUCUUCUGAAGCAUUUUUGUCGUCUUCUCUGUUAACACUUGACAAUGUAACUGCACUUAAAACUCGCGACCAUGGCAUAAUCACAACAAUCGGCCUCUUACAAAGUACGGUAGAAUAUUUAAAGGAGAAUCCCCAAUAUGUCGAACAAGGAAGUGAAUCAACAUUGGGAGAUUUCUCAGAGUUUUUAAUCUCGGCCGAUAAACCAACACAGGUAGAAAUGUUUUUUAGGCUAAUGAAGUCAAGAAUGCGUUUACAAAAUGUCAUUGCAGAGAUACAAAGUUCAAAUGCGGAAGUGAAUUCAGCGCCUUUGAGGAACAUCGCUGCCGCUCAUUUCAGUGGAGAACAGUUUAAGGAAGGAUCAAAGCAUCUCCAACAAUUAAAAUCAGCAGUGAUCGCAACAUUGUUAAAAGGCGUUAAGUUUGAACACGCUCGCCAGCUUGCUGGUCGAUAUUUGCACACUUUGCAAGAUUUCUACAGUCACUCGAACUGGAUCGAACUCGGAUAUCGUCUUAGCAGAGAUAACAAUAUUCCUCUAGAAUCAGUCACUUCUAACGGAAAUGAAGCUACUUGUAUUCCCUGUUCAAUGGCGGCUAUGGAAUCAAACGAUGACUGUAACGAGAACUUGAUAACAGAGAAACUUACAAGUGGAUAUCAGGAAGGACAAGACAUUUUAAAGCCAGCAAACGCUAGCAAAUGUGACCAUGGUGGUUUUAUAGACAGUAGAACCGCCACAAGGGGCGGAAUAAAUAAAGAUACGGCGUCAAGGCUGUGGUCACCUCACUAUAAGUAAGUAACGAAAGGUAAUUUGAUAUGUUUUCAAAUGUAGUGAAACGGCGGUAUAUUUUUUACGAAAGAAAAUUUUGACUUAUAAAUACAGUAUUAAAUUGACCUAUUUGAUUCUCUUAUUGUUCAAGGAUAUAGCUGCGUGAAAUUUAAAUAAUAAACUCGCUUUUAUUACUUACUAAAAACUAAGUGUUCUUAAUACUACUCAAUCGUGAAUUAACAUAUUUACACUCCUCUUAUUCCAAGACCAGUUGAUAGCCGCUCUGACUACUUCACGCGGUCAAAAGUGAUAAAGAAUCAAAAAAACGAAGAUCACCAACCUAGCUAAUCCAGAUAGCUAAGAGCACAUUAAUAAUUAAGAACGAACGCUGCGUCUGCAAUUUUACAUCUCACCUUUUUCCCCGGAGAAAAAAAAAAAAAAAAAAAUGGAGGGGAACACUGAAAUUGCAGGUGAAAUUUUCUUGACUCAAAAAAUAUUUUGUGACAGAACUUCAAGAAAAAUCUGAAAACAAACAAUAUAAUGGUUUAUAUUUUAGACUUAAUGUUUGUUUCUUGCGACAAUUAUUUUUCUAGUAGGCUUCUACAGAUGUAUUGCAGCUGUAACUAGGGUAUCUAUUAUUUUACAAGAAAAGUUUUGAACUGAGUCGAUGAAAGUGAAACUCCGAGGCUUUCUUUUUUUUUUUCUUAUUAUACUGGGAUUGGUUUUCUUUGUGCUCAAUUCUCUUCUGGGAAUUGAGAGACAAUGGAGUCGGUCAAAAUUUGCAAUUUUGCCCCUAAAACCUCAUGUUAGAAUUUUAAUGCAUCGAACGUGGGCUAUUAAUUAUCCAAUGCCUGCGGCGCUUUCUCAGUCAUGAUUGAAAAGCCCAAAGAAUACAUUAGCAAUUCAAAUUACAGAGACAAAACAACAAUGUUUAAAAAAGUGAGCCGUAGGCUUAUUUUCAAAUGAAUAAAGUUAGAUAUUAAAUUCACGUUAACAUCGAAUUAUCCACGAAGGCAGCAAAAAAUUGAAGUGCAAAUUUAUGCUCUAAAACGAAUAAACAAUUGUGUCAUUUGACAACUCCUAUCAGUCAUCACUUUGUAAACUCUUUAUGUAUCAUUAAGUUGUUCUAAAGACCAGCCAAACUGAUCAGUUAAUUUUUAAAAUUUAUAAAGAGGGAAGUACUAAAAGUUGCUUUAAUUGCAAAAAAAAAAAUGAUGAUGAUAAUGAUAAUAAUAAUAAUAAUAAUAAUAAUAAUAAUAAUAAUAAUAAUAAUAAUAAUAAUAAUAAUAAUAAUAAUAACAAAUAAAAGUGAAAAAAAGAUGAAUUUGAUUGAGUAAACCUAUCUUAUUUUAUGAUUAAAUUGCGUGAUAACGUUGCGAACACCAAUACCACACUUACCUAGCCUGCGAGCAAGCUUUCCUAGGGACCCACCCCAGAAAGGUUGCUCGCCGGCUAACACUUUCGUUUCACUUUCCAUUACCAGACUUCACGCGAUUGCCGCAGAAGUUGCCAUUGAAGCAACAAAGGUGUUCUUCGAAGAUGUACGAAAUGUGGUUGGUGACGAAAUAUUUGCACGCUUUUUAGAUCUUCUGGCGGUACGAACAUUGGUGCUUGUCAUAGAUGAUACUGGCAGCAUGGGAGGUAUUUCUGGAAAUUUUCUAUAUUUACACUGCUUGAUCAGUUGUAAAAUGGUUGCAGACAAAAUGGUUUCAGUAACAAAUAAAUCUGUAACUAAAUGACUAACCAAAAAGGAGAGAAAGAAAGAAAGAAAGAAAGAAAGAAAUGUGGAAGAAGUGCUUCGAAUGAGAAUGAUGUAUCCAUCUUAGAGAUGCGUAGUUCGCUUUUCAAAACAUGUAGUUAGCUUUCUUACAAACGAAUUAGAAAGUAAGCCUGAAAGGAAAAAAAACUCACAAUGUUUACGCUUUUUGUCACCAGAGGAGAUCAAGUCAGUAAGGAAAUUAUCGACUGAGUUUGUGCGCAGCAGUAACAAUUCUUCGUCCAAUACUGGCUUUGUCUAUAUUCUCGUACCGUUUAACGAGCCAGGUACGUAAAAUGUUUCUCCCUUUUUUUCACAUUGUAAGAAACUAAAAAAUAAAUAGUCUCAGUAACUUAUACAAAGAAAAAAAAAAGGCCGCUCACUUGAAACUGUAUACUAAACGAGGCCUUGACUUUGAAGCAGGGCCGGCUGGGAAGUUGUUUCUCGUUAUAUUAAAAUUAAGUAUUCUCAUCUGACGUAUUGAAAUGUUGUUGAUUGCUCUCAUAGACGUGGGUCCAGUAACGGUAACUAGUGUCCCGGAUGAAGUGAUAGAAGCUGUCAAUUCUCUCAAAACCAACAGAGGAGGAGACUGUCCUGAACUAGGCAUGACCGGAUUGUACAAGGCACUUCUUCAAAGUCUCCACGAUUCUGUGAUAUAUUACUUCUCUGAUGCUGAUGCAAAAGAUGUUAACUUGGCACCAGUUGUUCUGAUAUUGGCAAAACAAAAGAGAGUGAAAUUGAAUUUUAUAUUGACUGGACAGUGCUCGUUUAAUCGUAAAAGAAGAUCUACCGGUGACAGUCCUCAACUAGGGUCACAAGCUCUGUAUAACAGCUUAGCUACAGCUACUGGUGGACAAGUACUUAAGAUUCAAAAGAGCAAGGUUAGGGUGUUUGUGGAUAUCAUUGGAUCGAAAAUUUCAGAAAGAGAUUCUAACGAUCUAAUCGAGGUAAGAAUUGUAGUAUUCUCUCAUGCCUGGUUUUCUCAGUGAUGUACAGUCGACUCCCGAUAACUCGAACCUUCGAGGGAAAUCGAAGAAAAAGUCGAGUUAUCGAUAGUUCGAAGCAAAUAACCAGAAAUAAGAAAAUAAGCGCGAGGUUCGGGUUAUUGGGAGUCGACUGUACCACUCUACGAUGCCUGGUCAUAUGAGCUGUCUGUAAAGUUUUCGACAUAUCCUUCGAAGCUGAAGGCGAAUUUGCUAGGAGUUUUUCUAGUUCUCCAUAACAUACGAAAAGUACGAAUUGUUACAUUAUUCGUUAAAAUAUUUCCGAGCUAAAAUAUCCAUACCACUGUGUAAAAUGUCCUCAAAACAUUUGCCAGUUUCUCAGAACUUUCAGAGUAUGAUCAGAUGUCGUCGUCUUACAGAGUAUUCUUGACAUUCUUCAAAAGUCAGUUGUCAUUCUUCAAGUGGCAUGCUUGUGUCGAUUUGUGCAGUUUUGUAAAAUUUUUUCUUUAUGGAUCACUUGUUAAGCCGCAGUGCCGAAAGGGUCGAUAACACCCUCCUUUCAGCAUAUUUUUCAUAUCAUAUCAGGGCUUAUCCCGUAAUUUAUAAUCAAACAGAUUGUGGAGCGUGUUUUCUGCGCGUUCCGCAAAGUCAAUUACUGGAAAACGUCACUAAAGGCUCGUGUCAUAGUUUGAUGCGAGAUUUGUCUUUUGUAAUCACUCAUUUGAAUCGUUUCAGGUAGUGUUACUGCAUGCGAGUAGCGAGUCAAAAGAAGAAGUCCGAGGUGUAUCAUAUUUCAUUGAGGUGGACGAUACUUUAAAAGAUAUUCUUAUAGUGCUUUCUGCUGAAGGAGGUCCCAGCGUAAUACUGAUCAACCCAUCAGGUAAGAUGACUUAGUACCCUCAGUGUAGUCAUCAGUGAAAUGUAAUUAUUACGCCUCAUCAAAUCAACUCAGUUUAUUCAUAGAGCAUCAUGUUGAAGUGUGUAUCCCCAGUUUUAAACACGGUUGGUGAUUCUUUCCUCAGUAGGGAGAACUUUUUUCUGACGACUUAGAUUAUUGCUUUGUCAGAGAACUGGUUCCUCUACGGCUGAGCCAACCAUGAUUAUGUGAAACUACAAGAGUUAUGGAAGGAACGCGUCCUUGCAGCUUUCAAAUUUUGCAACUUAUAAUAAAUACUGUUACGCUGCUAGACUAUAUAUUUAUCCCUGUACAAACUUGUACCAUAUAGAUACAGCUUUAGAGAAAGGUAACUAAAUCAGUACUUUCUUUAGUUGGGGAACAUGGUGUAAACUAAACCGUAAUCGCAAACCAACUCUUCACCUCCAUGACUACCCGCCGGUAGUAACCAUAAUACCUAAAGAAUGAAUGAUAAAUCAUGGAGGUAUCAUAAACCUGAAGUCUGAACACUAUUUGAGAAAUAAAACAGCACCGAAAAUUGCAGCCAUUUGACUAGAUAAGAGGCCAAAAUAACAAGUUUGUUCCAUCCAAUAAAACCCGAAAGAGUAAAAAAACGCAAACUAGAGAAAGCGAAAAGGAAAGGAGGGCAGAAGAAAAAAAAGCAACCCUUGCACUAUCAUUUUUGUUUAACGAAAAAACAUACUUGACGGAAGAGGUCUAUUUUGACGUUUAACUUACGUUGCUGCGAAACGAAUACCAUCGCAUACUUUCAUGAUACUCCAGGUUCUGAUGUUACUUUCAUGUGGCAGGACUCCACAGAUCUGACAGAUUAGUCUUUUUGUUGUUUCCUGGUAACCAAUUAGUUUCAGCUUUAUUUGUACAAAAAAUCCAAAGUUUGAAUGGUUGACAGUCGAUUAGAGCUAUCGGCAAUCCUUGUGAGACAAGCUUUGUUCAUGAAUAAAAUCGAACUUUUGUUCUAGAUGGCCAGCCAAUAAAAGCAAAGACGAAUCCUUUCAAACGCGUUCGUGUGACUGAAGUUGGAAGUUUUAAGGGCGGCCCAUUGGAGGUUCGAGUGCAGUGUACUGGGCCCUAUAGUCUACAAGUGACUGGCCGCAGUGUCCUGGACUUCAGUUAUCAGCUGACCACGGUACAUGAUACAGAAACAGCUCAAACCAAGCGUCUACUUGGUAGUCCUGUGAAAGGUAACGCUCCGUCUUUGCCUGAAAAUUGCCUUUGAUUUGGUUACCUGACUUUUUUUGUCUCAGUAUCAUUUGAGUUUUUGUUGCAGUGAUAUUGCUAACCAGGCUUUCAGAGACUUGAUGACAAAAUUGAUUGGAUUUUUUUAGUGAUACUUUGGCUUAGCUUUGAUUCUGACUGUCAUUUACUGAUAUAAACGCUAUGAGCUCCACACUGACUUUACAGGACAAUUAAUUUGCAACAAUCAAAGGGAAAAAAAGUGUAGUUAUGUACCCUAAAUGAAUUCUUAAUCGUUACUCAUUGCGCUGUGUGCUGAAUUGUUCAAAGAAACGUAAACAAACGCGGGAUAUAUUCUCAUUGUUUCUCUCUUUGAUUUGACUGGACUGAAUUGUUUUUUGCUGUGUACUUUACAGGUCAAACAUUGUUGAUUAACAUGGCUUUUACACAUCCAGAGCUUGUGAAUGAAGUGAAUUCGCUGUCAUUAGUGAAUGUGAAUGGUACAGUUAUGGAGAUGUUUACUGUGAAGAAAGGUCAAGGAAUGUACAGCGGUUCAUUUUAUGUUCUGUUCAUUCCAUCUGUUGAAAGAUUCCGCUUCCAACUGACUGGAAGAACAACACAUGGAAAAUUACUGAAGAGAGUAAAACCAACUGAAAUCAAAAUAGAGACAGUUGAACUUGGCUUUGAUGGCCUUCAACUGCUUGAUAACUUGAGCAGAAUUUACCCUGGCGUGAGAAGCAAAAUUCCACUAAAGAUAACAAACAUAGGAUCCGCCCAGAACUUUACUUUAAAGGCUGUGGAUGACUUAGGAUUUGUUAAGUCUCUGGUACCUAGUAAUUGUGUUGUUCCUAAGAAUGCGACAGUUGAUUUUUCUUUAUUCGUGGAAGCACCAGCUAAUGCUUCACAAGGAGAGACCAGUACUAUUGCCAUUUAUGCAACACCAAAAGGCAGCCAUCAGCCGUCCAACUACAUCUUGUUUUAUGUUGGUGUCACAGUUCAGGUGAGAAAGAGGCUAACCACGUCAUAUCUUGAGAUAGAGCAUGAUAUCGGGGGUUUCAUAAGGAUUCAAAAGAUUGACUUUGCUGUCUAGUAAAACAGAAGUCCAAGCUAAGACACAACAGAGCUAGAGUUCUCGAUAAGUGCGUAAUGUUGAGACAACAUGCGUGUACACCAACUCAAGCUAUUGCCAAUCACAAUUUUAACCAUCAAUAUCACAAGUUAGUUUCGUACAAUGGUGAUAUAUCAAGCACUUGAGCAAAGAGGAUGAAACAGCGAUAUGGAACAUUAUACGUCUCAGGUUGCUGGGCCGUUUACCGCUCCAUGGGUAAAACAACAAAGAAGUCGUCAAUGACGAAAGACAAAUAGCCCGCGAGCCGAAGCUCUCGACGGGCAAAGCAAGGGGAGGAAAGUUCCUUCACCAUUGCCCCCUUCGAGAGUUUGCACGCAGGUUACAAAUCAGACACCGUCUCGUUUUUGUUUUUUCUUUUUUAGGAAAAUGACAUCUUUCCACCAAUAUGCGAAGUUGUAAGCCAAGAAGAAAAAAAUUGUGAUGCUAUAUACAGCCUAUCAAAUUGUUCAAGUAGGACUUGGAAUGCAUCCAUAAACGUUUCUGACACGGGACAAGGAUUACUCAAAAUAACGGCUAAGGACUCCAACACUGGAAAUUUAAACGGUAUGGCUUUAAUUUUGUCUUAGGAAACACAGUAGUUGUCUGAAAAAUACAAGUUGUGACACAUACAGGGUGUCCCAAAAGUUCGUUCAUCUACUUUAUAAGUCUGUAUUAUUAAUGCCGUACGGUUGGACUUAUUAAGCAGAUCUUUUCAACGAAAGUUAUGUGUCUUUCAAUGUAUUAUUUCAUUCUUUUUGUUCCAUUUUUUGACUUGUAUAUACCAUUUCUGUACUUUCGCGCCCAGGGUGCGCAUGCGCGAGUAUAUUUUCCCGCCACAUCUUUUUGUAUUUUGUAGCCCGAAAUUCUCGAACUCUUUCCUUGUUUUUUGCAAAUAUCAUGAAAGAUAAAACCCUCUUAACGCAAAUACGUUACUCUAAGUCUGGAUCAGGUUCAUGAAAAGCGAAGGUUGGAGGCCCCUGAGAUGGCUUUUAAAUAAAAGAACUCGGCUCACGAGGUUGAUAAUGUCAUUUUCCAUGACGUUAUCAUUACGGUAGUAUUGGACAACAUUUGCUUCCAAUACAUAUCUACCAUAAGAAUGGCAAAAUAAAUCUUUCAUUUUUCUGCCAACAGUUACGCCAUUUGAGGAGGGGAUCCCCAACUCGUCUGUGACAGCCAUCUAUACGUCUACAUGUUGCCAUCCAACAGCCAAUAUCAUAGCAGUUGAUGUAGUCGGUAACGCAGGUUCGUGCAAAUUAAGUGCAGUAACGCGGGUUUUAAAGAUUCAAGCCCAGACCAAGUACACAGAACUAAAGCUCAUGCCAGGAGAAACAACCAGACUUGAGUUUAAAAUAAAAAACUUUGGUACCAAAGGGUCUUUUACCACACUCGCGUCUGAAAGCAAACAUUUUACUGGCUAUGUUAUUCCACUCAAGUUUGAAAACUUAGAUCAUAAACAGGAAGCAAGAGGUGAAAUUGUUAUAACUGGUCAGAAAGAGACAGGAUCUAAGAAGGCAAGUCUUGUGAUUAACGCUGAACCGCUGAUAAAAACGACGAAUGUUACACGCGUGCAGUUAUUUGAAAUUACUGUGAUUGUGAGAGCAAAAGAAGAGAGAACGCCUCAAUUCACAGUGAACAAGGAUGCUGUUCUCAAGAGCCUGGUACCUAACAGAAAGGUGAACAUCAGCGCUGGAGCCAAAGUGACAAUCAACUUUACUGUUAUAAAUGAAGGUGCGGAGAAUAAUUUCACCCUCAAGGUAAGAUACUGAACUUUAAAACUACCGCCUUGAACCUCCAUUAAAUGGCCAUCCUCAGGGUACCAGCAAGCGGCAACUAGUCGAUCAAUAAAGGGUAGUCAUAAAUUAUAGCGAUCUUUAGCAGAAACAUCAAGAGACGGGAGCGGCAUCACUGGUUCACCAUCACUCGCUACCUUGUAUUUCGGACUGUAUUUUGGUUACUCAUGAUAUUAAUGAGAUAAAGCUGAACUAAAGGCUUGUUUACAUGGAGGUGAGGGGCCCCAGGUAGGUGAGGUAACCCACGGCGGGUCACCCCACCUAUCAUGUAAACGUGAUCAAAUUAAAAUAGGAGAUUAUAUGGACAGGCGGGUUACUUCACCUAUCUGUGGUCCCCCUCCUCCGUGUAAACAGGCCCUAAGAGUAUCAAGCGCUUGGUGACCGCUUAACAGAAGCUAACAGAGGUGACAACUUUAGGAGAACUGUCUACAGGUUGGCCAAAAGGUAGCCGUGUUUAAAAGACGUUUCAUUUACAAUUCUUUCUUUAAUCUUUUCCGGGACUUUGAGUGCCUGCUGCUUAAUGGAGGCUCAAGGAUAGAUCAGUUAAUACACCUUUAAAAGUACUUCAUCACAGCAAAUGAUUUCUUAUUUGAUAGCAAGCAUCGCAGCUUAUAUUGCAGGGCUGGUAUAUCGAUUACACAACCACGAAUAACAGUUUGAAUCAUCAACCACUUACAAAAACGUUAUCCAAUCCUACUAAGAUAGGUAUGCCGGUAUGGAUAGAAACUGAAUUUAGAACAGGCUGUUUGAGAAACACUUGGCGACCUAAAGCAAAACACCUCUGCAGAAGACCUUUCACGAAACUUCUAAGAUUGCUGUAAUUUCCAUUUCACUUGAUGUAAGAUUUAAAAAACGAUAAACAUGUAGUAUAAUGUAAAUGCGUUACAAGAGCGUUUAGGAUGAGAAAUAGUAUUAAAUCAUUUCCGGGUUGUGUAAGGUAGCCAACGGGUUUUAAUGGGGUAAUAGUGCGGGGUAUUUCUAGCCUAACAAGCUAGACAAAUUUUGUGUAAGUAUUCGAUCCGUGGUUUGCAGGAAUAUCCAUGAAUGAUAAAGAUGUUCUGUUUUGCAUGAACGGUGAAGAAACCUUGUCUUUUUCUAUAGUAUCCUGUCCUUUGUACUACCUACUGGCGGUUAGCCCUAAGACACCAACCCUUUCAGCGGUUUUUAUCUCAUCUUUAUUUUUGGCAUUUUUCUUUUGCUGAACCUAAUGACGUGCUAGGCUUGUGAGAUAUGAGGAGUGGGUGUGACAUCAUGGGGUCUAUAUGAAGUUGUUUACCAAUUAAACCACAUACCGCACAUACACAAGAAGUCCUUUGAGCUUACAUGAAGUUCUAAGUUAAAUAAAGGAGAGUUCAAACACAAAUUUUGGCGUUAUAUUCUUACUUUCAGGUUUCAAGUCCUCAUGUUUUCCUGAAAUGUAACGUUACUCCAAAGUCAGCCUACUUACAGCAAAACGAGACUAUUUUAGGACAUCUAAUGGUCAAGGCGUUACUUUCUGCAGAGACUCAGAGCAGCAGGCGAGUCACUGUGUCAGCGGUAUCUUCAACAGAAAAUACAGAAAAGGUUAUAUUCACUAUUGAAGUAACUAUUCAAGAGAAAAGAAUUGUAGAAAACGAAAAGGAAAGAGAGAAGGAAAUGGCGGAGGCGGAGAAGGAAAUGGGAUUUUUCCUAAUAAUUGGAAUUGUACUCGGAGUUUUAAUAUUGCUUGCUUUGAUUUUGUUCGUUAUGUGUCUACGAAAUAAGAGAAAACGAGGAUCCUGGACUGUCUGGAAGUCAAAACCUACAGACUUGCAAAAAGUAAGGGUGAGAGUGGAGAUCUCAAAGUCAGAAAAAAGUGUUAGUAAACCUGAAAUAGUCUGA